AUGCGGAUCAGCAGGUUGAGUAGCGAGAGUCGCUACUUCAGUGACAUCACCAGGCAUGAGACCCAAGACAGAUUGAGGGUACAUAUAACUGAUGCGGAUAAGAAGAGGUGGGAAGUUCCUUACAACUUACUUGCAAGAGAACAGCCUCCCCCUUUGAAGAAAUCUCUUGGAAAAAGCAAAGGGGAGCUCUUCACAGCCUCUGAGUAUUCAGGAAAUGAGCUCAUUUUCAGCUAUACAUCAGACCCAUUUUCAUUCUCAGUUAGAAGGAAAUCAAAUGGUCAGACUCUUUUCAACACAAGCUCAGAUGAGUCAGAUCCUUAUGGGAACCUGGUGUUUAAGGACCAGUAUCUUGAGAUAUCUACAAAGCUGCCUUUAAGUGCUGCAAUCUAUGGGCUUGGGGAGAACACCCAGCCAAAUGGGAUUAGAUUGCAGCCAAACGAUCCUUACACCAUCUACACCACUGAUAUUUCUGCCAUCAAUCUCAAUAUGGAUCUGUAUGGGUCCCACCCUGUUUAUAUGGAUUUGAGGAAUGAGGGGGGAGAGGCUAAUGCCCAUGGUGUUCUGUUGCUGAAUAGUAAUGGAAUGGAUGUGUUCUAUAGGGGAAGCUCUUUAACAUACAAGGUGAUAGGAGGGGUGUUUGAUUUUUACUUCUUUGGUGGACCAACACCACUGGCUGUGGUUGAUCAGUACACUGCAUUUGUUGGGAGGCCUGCACCCAUGCCUUACUGGGCUCUAGGUAUGCUCUCUUUGUGA